CUCGAGGGGGCGGGAGGACGAGAACAGAGUUUGGCUGGGCACCUUCCCUACAAAAAGGCGGGCGGAGCCGAAAACCAAACAAACGUCCUCCGAGCGAUUGGGGGGUGGGACCGACGGGAGCGAGCUCAGCUCCCAGCGCCAAGGCCUUCCGCCGAGUUGGUUUUUCGGUUGUUGGUCCCCGCGGCCGGGCGGUCCGCGGUCGGGCGGAGACGCGCGGAGCAAUGGCGACCUUUGUGAGCGAGCUGGAGGCGGCCAAGAAGAACCUGAGCGAGGCCCUGGGCGACAACGUGAAACAAUACUGGGCUAACUUAAAGUUGUGGUUCAAGCAGAAGAUCAGCAAAGAAGAGUUUGACCUUGAAGCUCAUAGACUUCUCACACAGGAUAAUGUACAUUCUCACAACGAUUUCCUCCUGGCCAUUCUCACACGUUGUCAGAUUUUGGUUUCUACACCAGAGGGUGCUGGAUCUUUGCCCUGGACAGGGGGUUCUGCAGCCAAACCUGGAAAACCCAAGGGAAAGAAAAAGCUUUCUUCUGUUCGUCAGAAAUUUGAUCAUAGAUUCCAGCCUCAAAAUCCCCUCUCGGGAGCCCAGCAAUUUGUGGCAAAGGAUCCCCAAGAUGAUGACGACUUGAAACUUUGUUCCCAUACAAUGAUGCUCCCCACUCGGGGUCAGCUUGAAGGGAGGAUGAUAGUGACUGCUUACGAGCACGGGCUGGACAACGUCACCGAGGAGGCCGUGUCAGCUGUCGUCUAUGCGGUGGAGAAUCACCUUAAAGAUAUACUGACGUCAGUUGUGUCAAGAAGGAAAGCGUACCGGUUGCGUGAUGGCCACUUUAAAUAUGCCUUCGGCAGUAAUGUGACCCCACAGCCUUACCUGAAGAAUAGUGUAGUAGCUUACAACAACUUAAUAGAAAGCCCUCCAGCCUUUUCUGCUCCCUGUGCCGGUCAGAAUCCAGCUUCCCACCCGCCCCCUGACGAUGCUGAGCAGCAGGCUGCGCUCCUGCUGGCCUGCGCCGGGGACACGCUGCCUGCGUCUUUGCCUCCCGUGAACAUGUACGACCUUUUUGAAGCUUUGCAGGUACACAGGGAAGUCAUUCCUACACAUACUGUAUAUGCCCUUAACAUUGAAAGGAUCAUCAUGAAACUGUGGCAUCCAAAUCACGAAGAGCUACAGCAAGACAAAGUCCACCGCCAGCGCUUGGCAGCCAAGGAGGGGCUUUUGCUGUGCUAAAUUAGGAUUUGAGGGUAUGGGACCCUCACCAGAUUGAUUACUGAAAAUUGAAUAUUUUUUGGGUCCACAUUUCAAGGCUGAAGUGUAUAGUGUAUAUGUAAACUUUCCUAUGGAAAUGUGACAUCAAGUACAUUUUGUGUUGCUACUGUGAAGCCAUUGACAUAAAUCUGAUUUUGAUAAUGAUCCAUAUCACUGUAUGUUUGUGUUCCCAGUUAUGGGAGCAGGCACUAAUGAAGGUCUGUGCCUGGUGUGGAGAUGUUUAGGCAUCUGCGGCUUAGUGUCCUAUGCUCUGUAUGUAAGAUAGAUGACAUCUUAGAACAAAGAAAGCUGUUAUAACUUUGUCCCCACGAUCACAGGACAUCCAGGUGUUCAGUGACAUAUUCUGUAUCUAAAAGUCUAAAAUUUCUGCCUUUCUGUUGAAGAACUGUGCUCUUGGAUUUUGGUUGAAAUAACCUACACAGUGUUAAAAAUCAGAUACCACCUUUAAUGACUAGUUUAAUUUUUAACAGCUCUAGGUAGGCCCCUGGAAAAAUUUGUCAUUACAACUCCAUAGAAAAUAUGACUUGGAAAUGCUGCGUUAUUACACAACAUAAAGUCCUUUCUUUGCAUGUAAGACCAAAACCAAACAAACAAAACCCUUGGAAUGCAAUUAAUUAACCUUAUAAAAUAUCUUCCCAUAACUCGUUUUUUUUUAGACUUGAUAAUGCCCAAAGACUUUGAUUGGCAGGUUCAUCUAUUAUUUUUAUAGAAUAUGUUUUAAGAAAUCUAUACAAAUUGGAUUUAUGCUUGAUAAUUCCUAUUCCUGAGAUAUGUUUCUACCCUUUCAAGUGAUAAAGUGAAGAUAAUUUACAUUUGACAGUGUUACUGAUAACCAACUUUGUUUUUUCAGAGAUAUCUUGGUUUUUGCUCAAGAAUAGUGUUGAUGGAUAAAUUAGAAUGUAUAGAUGGGUUUGUGUAGGUCUAAAUAAUAGAUGUAUAGAUUUGUAUAUAUGGUUCCCAUAUCUGGAUCUGUGUAUUUGAUUUUGUACUUUACAUGUGACAAAUAAACCUUUUGGGAGAAAA